AUGGCGGAUAACGUUGGUCAAGUGCUUGUAGUUAGCUGUAGUUCAUUUCUCUCCUCUGAAGAUAUUAUUCGUGAAAUGUGCAAGACAGAAUUUUCAUCUCCAAAAGAGCUUUCAAAUGGCAGUUUGAUUGCGUACCAAUGGAAAAUAGAAAAUAAGUAUUAUACAGCAGAUGUGCAACUUUGUGCUUGUUCUGUAAGCUCUCUCCCUCCUCAAUGUGAGUUUGCUGCUAACAUGAACUUCCAGAGUGUCAUUAUCGCGUUCGAUCUUAGAGAGAAAUCAAGUUUUCAUAAUGUGAAAUCAUGGCUUCCAUAUAUUGAGACACAGGACCCAUCUGUGCUGUUACUACUUGACUCUGGUAAAGGAAACAGCAGUAAAGAUGACUUUCAAGAGAAGACUGGGAUUGAUAGAGUUGUCGAGGCUCUUCAAUGUGCAGAAUGGCCAAACAUGAAAAUGCGAGGUAGAGUACUGUGGUAUCUUUAAGAACAUGUGAUAGUCUUAUAUUUUGUAAAUAAUUGACUCAGUCCUUCAUGGUUGCCACCACAAGUAUUCAGAGAAAAAGAGAAUUCUUCAAUAUCAGGGGAAAGUCAGGAAGUCAGCAUAUUUACAUUGUAUAUCUCUUUGAAAAUCUGACAUCUUUGUUGGUAUGAAGAAUUGUGGUCUUUUUUUCACAAUUAUACGCUUAGGAAAAUUUAAACCGUAGUCAAAGCUAGACUCCAUAGUAGCUAAUAAAAGUGCUCUACAAUUUAUGUACAAAAACUAAGAUGUUCUCAGCAGUUCUAAAUUACUAUUAUAGCAUUUAACCCUUUAAAUGCUGAUAGUGAUCAGCAUGUAAGUUCCCCUUACAAUACUGCUGAAUCAUUUACUAAGACCACAAGAAUAAAGGAAAUGAUCGCCAACCAAAUAAGUUUCAUUUUAAACAAAUUAUCCUGGUCAAUACCAAAGGGAAUGUACAGAGAGGAGUAUGGAGGAUGUGGAUACUGAUGUUAGGUUGUAGAGGGUUAAAUGACUCCUGGACCAUUCUGUUUUUCCAUUCUAUAAAUUAUAAAAUCUAGAAUUCAGCAAAUUAUUACCUUGCAAUUGAAUUUACCAUAUUUAAGCCUGGAUACAAUAAAUAGCCUCCAAUCCUGCCCAUUAAGUCAACAUUUCAUUGAUGAAACUGUAGAAGUUAAAGUUAAUUUAUUUCACAACAGAAUUAUAUUAAAGAUAAUCUGCUUCACUUUAUAAAUCUACAAAGACAAUAAUUUUAAAAUCAUUAGUUAUGAUGACUGAAAAAUACAGAUCAUUCACAGUGGGUUUCAAAAAAGCCAAAAUACAAACAUAGAUUUGUGUUUUUAUAUG